GUGUAAGCUAACCCCAGUUAAAAUUUUUCUUUUCUAAGUGUUGCCAUCAUCCUAGUGUCUCUUCUUAGCAAUUGAACACUAAGAUAAAAAUGAUAUAUAUUAAAAGAGAGGGAAGUGGAACAAUUUUACAUUUUCCAAGCUAAACCUAUUAGCAGGAAAAAAUAAUUUGUUACGUUUCCAGUCCAAGAAGGCUACUGGUUUUGGGGUAUUGGGUGGUCAAAUAAGUGGUAGACCCUUGUUACAACGUUUUCAUAUGUAUAUAUCAUUUUACUUUGUUAUAUUGUUACCUCUUCACUUUUCUUUACCCCUACUGACCCUCCAUUAGUUCUCUGCCUCCUUAAAUAUUCUCCCUUUUUCGGACAUCUUGACUCUUUAGUCUAUAGUAUUUGAGCAUUUAUUUACUUCUCAAUGUUGGGGUCAGGUCUCCAUUAAUGUUCAAGCAUGAACACUCAGGAUGGUCUCAGAUGAUAUACUAAGUUUUGUGCUUUGCUGAAAGACAACUCUUGGUCAUAUCUCUAGGUGAACAGAUAUGUCCAUCCCAUGUAAAGUCAGUGACUGUAACUGAGAACUGUCAAUUCUGAUAUGGUUGCCAACUCCCAACCCACCAACACCAAAUAUACCAACACAUGCAAGCUCCUCCAGGGCUCAGAAGUUAUACCACUGAGCCUGUUCCUCUUUUUCCUGUCCCUCUUUAACCAUCCCUGGACUACAUCCAGUACAUUACUUCCAACCAAGCACCUGAUAUCUAAUUCAGAAUCCAGACACAUUUAGACCUGGAAUCUGCCACAGAAAUUAUCUCCUAUUCCAGUUCUGCAUGCUGGAUGAGAUCUUGAUCAGCUCGAUUCCACACAUCUCAUUUUUUCUAUUCUCUACUCAUAUAUAAUGUAUAACAGUUUACUUCAUGCAAGAAUUGUUACUACAUUAAUGUGUGAUCUAAAAUUAACAAUAUUAAAUGUAAAAUUUUGUUUUCUUGAGACAGGGUCUCAUGUAGCGCCAUCUGGCUUUGAACUUUUGUGAACUUCCUGCCUCUACUUCCCAAGUGUGCUGAGAUUACAGUUGUUGUAGGAGACAACACUGUUUGGGUGCACGUGGCUCAUCACCCAGCAGGCUCCUGAAGCAGUAUGUCCCUGUCUGCCAACUUCUCUUAGGGUAUGUAAACAUUCAUGCCUCAUUGGUAUUGACCUGAAAAAUCCUUAAAUCAUACUAAAUGGACAUUUUUGAGUAAAUUUUAAAAGCCACAAGUGAGAAAGAUAUUAGGGACUUAUAAUACAUUGCAGAUAUAUAACCAGAUGUUAGAAUUACUUAGCAGUUAAAGCAGCAUGAUGGAUCCUGACAUCUCUGUUACCCUACUGCUCCUUUAUUCAGAGCAUGGAUUUACAUUCACUUUAUCCUUUGUGCUGAACUCAAGUCUCUUCAUCUUUAUAAUCAAAGUAAGCAUAUUGUCUGCCUAGGGUACUGCGGAAUAAAAUUUACCAUAUGGUCUGCAUCCACGGAAGGGCUUUCUACAAGUUGGGUACUUUUAGAAAUAUUGGAACAUCUUAGAGACUUUAAAAGAAAGAUCAGUCAACCAAGUCUUCCUUGAGAAGAAUGACAGGAGAACGCAUGCUGUUUUGUUGACUUGGGUCAUGAAUUGCAGCUCUAACCUUCCCAAGAAGGAUCAGAUAGCAGGACCCAACACAUGGUAUCCAGUGAGGUGGCUAAAGGAAUGAUCACGUUGUCACAGACUGUUUUUGGAGUUACAGAAAAUCAGUCUCCCCUUGCCAUUAUUGAUUCUUCCCUUCAUGGGGUUCAGAUUAAAGCCCACAGAUGUGAUUCUUCAACACUUGAUUGUGUUGAGCUUCUUUACUAUGUUGUGUGGAGGAGUGCCCCACACAAUGGCAGCUUUCGCGUUGAAAGACUUCUUAGGAGAUUUUGAAGGUCAAUUCCUCUUAUCUCCAGAGUAGGCAGGGGUGUGUCUGUUGGCAGUAUCAGCUUCCUGAGUGCCUUCCAGGCCAACGCUAUCAACCAUAGUGACUCCAUGUGGGCAGAUUUUUAAAGGCAAAAUUCCCAGGUACAGUGGUGCCUUAUGCACUUGGGCUGAAUCCUUCAUCUCCCUUUGAGUAUGGCUUUUCCUGAGUAAAUAACUGGAAGACACAACACUAACAUCAUGUACUUAAGAGAUUAUGGCCGGGCAGUGGUGGCACAUGCCUUUAAUCCCAGCACUUGGGAGGCAGAGUCAGCUGGAUCUCUGUGAGUUCGAGGCCAGCCUGGACUACCAAGUGAGUUCCAGGAAAGGCGCAAAGCUACACAGAGAAACCCUGUCUCAAAAAACCAAAAAAAAAAAAAGAGAUUAUGAUUACUGUGGGCCUGUUCUCCAAGGAAAGAAAGUGGAAAUCUGCAUUUGCUAGUUUAUAGUUUCUAGACAUUCUGUGUGUCAGGCUUAUGCUCUGGGCCAAUAGCUGUGGGCUCAUACUCCAAAGCAUAAGCAGAAAAUGCAACUCAUUUUCCCAGGACCAAGGUCUCCUACACAUCCACCCCUGAGUCCAAAGCCACAAAAAAACUGUCCUUUUCCUGGCCAGUACAUUUGUUUGCCGUUAUCCAUUUUCUUGCAUCUUGAUCAACUGUUUAAGUCUUUUCAUUAAUCUCACUUGGUUGCUGCUGAGUGUGUCUGUUACUCACUGGAAGUUUCUCCACAGUCAGCUUCUUCUUGCUUAUGAGCUGUGACCCCAGUGCAUCCAGCUUCUGCCAUCUCUGCAUGAACAACAGAAAAGUUCCUAACAUCAUCACCAACCUGUAAUUUAAAAGCAUCUGUACAGUUGUACAGUGUUCAGUUCAGAAACUUGCAUAUUUUAUAAAAAAAAAAAAAGUCAUAUCACAUGGAACCUUGUUAACACAGUACUCCUUUGUAUAAUGAAUGUGGACAUGUUUCUGUGUUCAUAAACAUGACACCAUGUCUUCCUUAUUCAUCCCCUUCAGACUGUGAAUAGUGUGCUCAUUAUGAAUAUUCCAGUCAACAGUGAAAACCUAUUACAGUGCUAAUUUCUAAUUUUAAACUGUUAUUUGAAAACAAUAGAAAAUGCUUUAGCGAAGUUGCUUCUACUUUAUUAGUUUUAGUAUUUUAGGUGACUAACUUUUUAUUUUAAGAAAUUAUUGAUAUUUAUAUCAAUUUACUUUCAAUUAUUUUUUCUGACUUAUCUGUGGCUUUUGAUAUAUCAGUGAAUGAAAUAAAAAUAAUUUUCUUUUACAACUGCUCUGUUUUAUUUAUUGAUAAAAAAUCAUAUAUUUUGAUUGUUUUCUCUCCCCUUAAUUUCUCCUAUAUCCUCUCAACUUUGAUACUCACCCAACUUUAUGUUCGUUUUCUCUCUCUUCCAAAAAGAAACAAAUAAAAAUCACACUAAAAAUCUACAUGAAAGCACUGAAGUAGAAAUCAAAACAAGCAAGGCAAAAGACUAAUAGAACAACAAAAUAACAGAACAACAACAAAAAAAAAUGACAUAAAAAUCUACAAAAAUUCUGUUAAGUUUAUUUCAUUUUGAUCAGCUAGUCUGGGAAUGGAACAUACCCCGAAGUGAGACUCCAUCGUCCACUCUCCCUCUCAGUGUUGGAACAUUUGGCUUGAACUUGUACAGAUCCCUGACCCAUGAAGGGAGGACUAUGAUGAAGACAUCCUAUUUAGGAUUGAGUAUUCCAGAGUCUGGAUUGAGUGUUCCAGAGUCUCUCCUAUACUUAUUGUAUAAUUGUGGUUAUAUGUGGUAGUUCUCAUCUAUUGCAAGACAAAGCCACUUUUUGGUGGUCUGAGUGAGGCACUGAUUUAUGGGUAUAAGAAUGUACCACUAGGAAUAAAUUUAUUGCUAUGAUUCUUUAUUUGACCAGUAACAUGUUUUUCCCAUAGGCUUAUAAGUUAUUUCACGUUCUUGGCCACUUUAAGCAGAAUCAGGUAUUGGUUCCACUUCAUACAGUAGGCCCUAAAUCCAAGCAAAAUUAGUUAAUUCCAUAAUAUUUAUGCCACUAUUGUACUAGUAUACUCUUACAGGUAGCUCAUGUUUGUGUAGUCUUGUGGUUUGUAGCUGGUAGAUAUUGAUGGUUACAUUUAUCCUACAGGACAAAGCAAAGUCUUAAUUGUAAGGAAAAGGAGUUAAAUGCAUCUAGGAAACAAGGGUUAUUAUGUUUGAUACUAUAUUAAAUUAUAAACAAUUUAUGAAAGUGUCUAUUUGAAAGUCAUUCCUACGCAUGUGCACAGUGGUUACUGAUACUCGAUAUUGUAUAAAAGUAAUUGUUUUCACCUCUGGCUCUAGCAAGGGAUUAGGUUAAAGUCUCUCCUCACAUACUCAGGCUUAAGUGUUCUAUAAUAUUUUAAGAAUCAUAUUUGAUGUAUAUUCUCUUUUAAAACUUUUAAAUUCAUUGGGGUCUGAAUGUUUUGCCUGGGGUUAUUUAUGUGCAGUGCCUGCAUGCAGUGCUCAGAAAUGCUAGAAAACAAAUUGAGAUUGUCUGGAACUGGUGUUGCUAGGAGUUCAACUAGGGUCCUUUGGAAGAUUAGCCAACAGUCUUAACCAUUGAGCCACCUAUUCAUCCCUUCCAUUUCUUUUUUAACCUAAUUUCCUCUGUUUUCUCCAACCUCAACCAUUACUGCUCUUGCCCUAAAAUUCUCUUCGCUCUGCUUUUCUGAGGGGAGAUAGCUGCCUCUAACCACUAUGUUGGUUUGAAACAAAAUAACCCCCAAAUAGAGUGGCACUAUUAGGAAGUAUGACUUUGUUGAAGUAGGUGUGGCCUUGUUGGAGUAAGUGUGUCACUCUUGUGGUAGACUUUGAGGUCUUUCUGCAAGCUUCCCUCAGAGUGACACUCAGACCACUUCCUCUUGCCUAGAAGAUAUAGUACUCCCAGCACCACGUCUACCUGCACUCUGCCAUGUCCCACCAUGAUGAUAAUGGACUGAACAUCUGAACUGUAAGCGAGCCACCCAAACUAAAUGUUUUCCUUUAUGAGAGUUGUGAUCACGGUGUCUCCUCAUAGCAAUAGAAACCCUAACUAAGAUACUCAACUUCUGAAUGUUUCAAUCCAUAAAUUUGGGUAGGAGAAGUGAAUCAGGAAUCAAAGAAUAGUUUUAAGUAGGAAAUUUAUAUAGAUGGUGUCAGGUGACCAUGGACCUCCAAAACUAAAAGUACAUAGCAGGCACCCUCAUCAGAACAGGUCUGGGGAAAUGAGCCCAGGCCUCAGAAUUCCUCAUCCUUAGCAAUGAUGAAUUCACAGCAAGAGAAAAAAAAAAAAGGAAAGAAAGAAAGAAAAAACAACUUGCAUCUACUGAAAUUUAUCAAUUUGGGAAGUUGGCUACAUCUUGCAGGCAAUAGGAGGUAAACUGUGACACUGGGCAUGACUUGAGCAUAUAUGUGACCUAAGAGCCCACCUCCACAGUGACACAGUUCCUCCAACAAGGCUAUACCUACUCCAAAAAGCCACACCUCCUAAUAGUGCCACUUCCUAUGAGCUUAUGUGGGCCAGUUACAUUCAAACGACCACAUUCUACUCCCUGGCCCCUGUAAGUUUGUAGCAAUAUCAUAGUGCAAAAAUGCAUUUAGUCCAACUUCAAAAGUCCUAUAAUCUAUCACAGUCUCAAUCAUGUUUAAAGGUCCAAAGUUCAAAAUCUCUUAAAUUUUAUGCAAUCUUUUAACUAUAAUCCCCUAUAAAAUCAAAACCAAAAAUCAAAAAAAAAAAAAAAAAAACAGAUCACAUACUUCCAACAUAUAAUGGAACAGGAUAUACAUUACCCUUUCAAAACAUAGGGAAAGAAUCAUAGUGAGGAAAUUCAUGACCAAAGCAAGACCCAAAACAAACUGGGCAAACUCCAUACUCUAUCUUCAUAUCCGAUGUCAAAGUGCUCUUUAGAUCUCCAACUCCUGCUGUGGAUAUUGCUCUGUAUAAAUAAAAUGCUGAUUGGCUAGUAGCCAAGCAGGAAGUAUAGGCAGGACAAGCAGAGAAGAGAAUUCUGGGAACAGGAAGGCUGAGUCAGGAGACGCUAUCAGCCACCGCCAUGAGUACCAACAUGUAAGAUACUGGUAAGCCAUGAUUCAUGUGACAACGUAUAGAUUUAUAGAAAUGGGUUAAUUUAAGAUUUAAGAACUAGAUAGCUAGAAGCCUGAACCAUUAGGCCAAACAGUUUAAAUAAUAUAAGAGUCUGUGUGUUUAUUUUAUAAGUGGGCUGGGAGACUGCUGGAGCUUGGCGGGAGCUGGAGAGAAACUCUCCAGCUACAAACUCCUUUUAGCUUUUUGACUGAGACACACUUCUUUCUCUUGGGCUGGUUCCAUUCCCUAUUAACAGCUUUCUUUGACUCAUGCUCCACAGCAGUGGCAUCCCCAACAUUUUGCAGUCUCCAAUGCAAAUCCAUUUCACUUCCUGGUGCCCAUUUUAUCCUCAAUCUGUACAUUUUGUAUUUUUCCUUGCUCAGGUUGCUUCUUUUCAUUACAGAUCUAAUUAAUACAAAUCUAAUUAGUUAAUACUGAUAACCAUGGGACAGAAUCUAUGCUAGGCUGUUUUGAAAUUUCCUCUGCCAAUGCAAUUAAUCCAAAAUUCUUCUUUAUCCUCAAGCCAACUUUUUAAACAAGAGUAAGAGGUAGCCACAUUCUUCACCAAAAUGUCACAAGACCAGUCUCUAAGCCACAGACUAGCAUUCUUCUCCCCUGAAAUCUCUGAGCCAGGCCCCCACAAUUCAGGUCACCCUCAGCAUCGUUCUAUUCCAUGUUCCUAAUAGGAUGGCCCAUUAAGCCCAACUUAAAACAUUCAACUCCUUUUCUAAACCACAACCCCAAAAUCCAUAUUGCUGCAACAACAACAACAAAACAUGGUCAAUAAUAUAAGGCCAAUACCCCAGUCCCUGGUACCAACUUCUGUCUCAGUUAGGGUUUCUAUUGCUUUGAAAAGUCACCAUGACCAUGGAAACUUUUAUAAAGGAAAACUUUUAAUUGGACCUGGCCUACAGUUUGAGAGGUGUAGUCCAUUAUUGUUUUGGCAAGAAACAUGGCAGCAUGCAAGCAGACAUGAUGCUGGAGAAACUGAGAGUUCUGCAUCUUGAUCUGCAGAAAACAGGAUGUUAACCAUCACACUGGGCAUGGCUUGAUCAUAUUUGAAACCUGAAAGCCUGCCGCCAAAGUUAUACACUUCCAAAAAGCCUACUUCAAGGCUAUAACUACUGCAGCCAGGUUAUACCUACUACUAGUGCCACUCCCCAUGGGCCAAGCAUUAAAAUACUUGAGUCUAUGGGGCCAUACCUAUGCAAACUUCCAUAGGCCUCUUUGAUGAUAUGGUUCUUGUCUCAUGCCUAUGAAUGGUAUUUGGUAGUUGUUCUUUCCCAUUCCUCCUCUCUGCUUAUUCUCUGCCAAGAGAUAUGAGGCUUCUGCAAUGCUCUUAUACUGUACUAAGGUUGUUUUAUUGAUAAACAUUUAAAAGCAUAGGAUCUAGGUGACCAUUGACAGAAAUCUCAAAAAUUAUGUGUUAAAACAGAUCUUUCCUCCUUUAAGUUGUCCCUAUCAGGUGUUUGUCAUAGUAGCAGAAGUUCUGCCACAAGGAUUGGGGUGAGCAUUGCCAUAUAUGGAGUCAUUCUGGGAAUCUGUAACAGUACCUGCUUGACUCUAUACCAAGAUCUUAGACCCUUGAAGGUACCCAGACCAUAGUAACACUUGCCAAAACCAAAACAAACAACAAAUCUAUAAAAACAUGCAGAUUCAGUUCUCAGUAUAUACCUGGUAUUUAACAAGUCUGUUAAUGCAGUUGCACAGCAUUGGCACCCUAUUCAGGACUCUGUGAGCACUGCAUAUAUGCUGGUAAAUACAGGUAAACUCAUGAAUUCCAGUUAAUGUUUCGGAUUAUCUAAGAAUGAUGUGGUUUACUCAUAGAAAACUGUUGGAAGCCGGGCGGUGGUGGCGCACGCCUUUAAUCCCAGCACUCGGGAGGCAGAGCCAGGCGGAUCUCUGUGAGUUCGAGGCCAGCCUGGGCUACCAAGGUGAAGACCAUGAAGGUGCUGGCACAGAACAUGAGCCCUCCACACAGAAGAUCUCAGACUGCUACCAGUGCCAGAACCUGGAAACAACAUAGAUGCUGCUCAACUGCAGAAUGGAUGAAGGACAUGUUGUACAUAUACACAAUGGAGUACUACUCAGCAGCAGAAGAAAAAUGAUGUCAUGAAGUUUGCAGGCAAAUGGAUGGAACUAGAAAAUGUCCUGAGUGGGUUAACCCAGACACAGAAAGACAUACAUGGUAUGUACUCACUCACGUGGAUAGUAGAUUUAAAGCAAAGGAUACCGGGACUGCAAGCUACAGGUCCAGAGAAGCUAGUUAAUAAGGAGGACUCUAAGAUGGAUGCAUGGAUCACCCUGGGAAGGGGAAAUAGAUGAGAUCUCCUGAGUAAACUGGGGGCAAGGUGGGCAAAAGAGGGUAGGGGGUGGGGAUGAGAUAACAAGGGAAUGGGAUGGUCAAGCUGGAACAGAGAUGGAGUAGGAGAGCAGUGAAAGAUAUCUUGAUAGAGGGAGACAUCAUGGGGAUAUGGAGAAACCUGGUACUAGGGAAGUUUCUAGGAAUCCACAAGGAUGACCCCAGGUUAGACUACUAGCAAUAGUGGAAAGAGUUGCUGAGCUGGCCUACCCUGGUAAUCAGACUGGUGAUUACCCUAACUGUCCUCAUAGAGCCUUCAUCAAGUAACUGAUGGAAGCAGAUGCAGAUGUCCACAGCCAAGUACCAAUCUGAGCUCCAGGAGUCUAGUCAAAGAGAGGGAAGAGGGAUUCUAUGAGCAAAGGGCAUCAAGAUUAUGAUUGGGAAGCCUACAGAGACAAGGGAACCAAGCUAGUGGGAACUCAUGAACUUUAGACCAACAGCUGUGGUACUUGCAUGGAACUAGACUAGGCCCUCUGCAUAAAUGAGACAGUUGUGUAGCUUGGUCCAUUUCAGGGUACCCUGGCAGUGAGCUCAAACUCAAUCCCUAGUGCAUGAGCUGGCCUUGGAGCCCAUUAGCUGUGGUUGGACACCUUGCACAGCCUUGAUGGGGGAGGUGGGAUUUGUACUUUCCUCAACUGAAUGUACCAGGGUUUGCUGACUCCCUAUUGGAGGCCCUACCUUUUCAGAAAAGGGGAUGGGGUAGAUUGGGGGGAGCUGGGGAGGGAAGUAAGAGGAGGGAUUAGAGGAUAUCUGUGGUUGAUAUGUAAAAUGAGUAGAAAAUUUCUUAAUGAAAAAAAUUUUUUGUUUAAAGAUGCAGUUUAGGAAAAGCCAAAAUUAACCUUUUAAAACACAAUUUUAGCCAGGUGGUGGUUGCACACACCUUUAAUCCCAGCACUUGGGAGGCAGAAGCAGGCGGAUCUCUGUGAGUUCGAGGCCAGCCUGGGCUACAGAGUGAGUUCCAGGAAAGGCACCAAAGCUACACAGAAAAACCCUUUCUCGAGAAAAAAAAAUUAAAUGAAAUUUAAGUGGUAAUCAUAUUCACUAACAAAGCAUAUACCAUCACUCACUGUCAGGGAAAUGAAAGCCAGAAUCUGACCCUAAUCACACUCAAGUAAGAAGGUCAACUCUUAAAAAAGCAAAAGUUAGCAAAAUUUGGGGAACCUAGAGAGAAAAGGAAACUUACUUGAGAAAAUGAAUAUAUCACAAAAUAUAUAUUACAGAAAAUACAGGAUCUGAAACCAUAAGUUUGCUUCUCUUACUUGAAGUUAUAAACAGUCUCAGAAAAAUUGUAGAAAUUCGGAACUACUCAAUACAAAACUAGUAUUCAUGGUCUUUAUGCAGCAUUUCCAAUACCUAUGGUUAUUGAAAACAUUUCUGUUCCAUCUGCUAUCAUUGAGGUUGUUAUUUCUGGUGAAGAUUGAAUUAUUCCUGACAAUGUCCUUUUUAUUACAUACAUGGACAGGUACAGGCACACAUGCAAUAAUCUUGAGUGCUGAAGUUGACUUCUGUAAAGAAGGCCAGUCACACCAUUGAUUGAGAAAUAGUGGUCAUUAAGCACAUUACCCUUUCUUUUGGUACUUGUCCAAACCCUAGCAGUCAUUCUCUCAGGCCAUGGCAAAAAGCUCCCAUAAAUGCCAGGCCAAAGUAUGGCAUGCUUGACUCCAAAACUCUUCAUGACCUCAGGGCUUGCAUUGGUAAUUAUUUCUCCUGUCUUUGUGCCUUUUGCAGACUGUGCUUCUUUGACUGAACACAGAAUGCUGACAUGAGUCCUUUAGUCCACUACAGCUGUGUGCUUCUUAUGCCCAUUAUGACACCAAAGACUUGGUAGGAGAAAAGAGGCAGCUUUUUUCCCAGGAUGUGGGUUGGAGAUGGCAUGUUAGGGCUCCAUUAAUAUACAGUUAAAUGUUACCUGUGCAUUCUAUGGAGGGCAGAUGUUUGGAACUGAGAAUAUAUGUAUAAACCUUUCACCAGUUGCAAAUUAUUCAAAACAAUGAUGAGAUUUUAAUUGUGGUCUUUACCCACAGUUUUCAGGAGGCCCUUGAUUCUUUCUGAUGCUGGGAGCAGGCAGAAUCCCCUCGUGGGGGCAGAAAUCCCUUAGGUCUGGUGCAGGAAGGACAACAGCAAUACACAGGAGUUUCAAAGCCCCCUCUGCUUGGAGUUACUGCUUUAUACAUGAAUUCUAUAGUGUCCAACGUGCUUUCCUUGGCUUGAGUCAAUAUUUCACCACAUGUUCUAUCGCCUUUACUAUAACUGAGAACAACUGGGACUCUCAACAGCCAACUAAGUACCAGGAAGGAGUUUCAGGCAUCUUACCUCUCCCUACAUAACUAUUGGCUUUGGAUAUGUUGUGGCCAAUUGACACUCAUUGUCUUCACAGCACACUCUGAUGUAUAGCCUUUUCCUCUGAAUUGAUACACUCCUUCAGGAGGAGGGGGCUAACUGGAAUAAAAAAAUAGACAAAGUCACCUUGUUUGAGAAAUAUGAAACUGGCAAGGAUCACAAGGGCCUCUCUCCAGUUAUCCAGUGCUAUGGAAGCAGAAGACAUCUGUUGGGGGAGGAUAUCCUCAGCUGUCUAGCUACCUUGAGAAGAUUAUUAGACAGGGAGUGCUGCCUGAAAGUCACACAAGAGCUUCAGGAUUGUAGUUUUCACUAGACUAUACUCAUAUCUUGGUGGGCCAUUUAGUGAUGCAGUUAUUUUUGCUCUGCAUUCUGUUUCUGUUGGCUAACAUCAUGUUUGAAGUUUAAACUUACUAUGCUUGAGAAACCAAAAAGCAAGUGUGCCUCCAGCAUAUAAGCUCCUAGCUUGUUCAAGCUGUACUGUGAGCCCACUCCCCUUUUCCUCAGACAUUGAAGAUUAUUUUGAAGAACUGUCUGCUCUUGUAAAAAAUGAAUGAAUAAAUAAAUAAAUAAAUAAAUAAAUAAAUAGACCACCUCUGCUUUUCUUACAAGAUAAGGAUCACUAGGCUAACUGUUGUUUCUGCUUUUGUAUUCAAGCUUGCUUACUCUGUUCAAAAAGAAUUGCCAAACAAAAUGUAACCUUAUGAGUUUUGUCUGGAAUGACAUGACUCCAGGCUACAUCUUGGGAGCUCUUUCAGAUGUAGUCCUGGAACCAGGUGUUGACACCAAUACCAAAAUAAAAACCUCCUCUAUUAUAAUUUUUUAUUGUCAAAUUAAUAAAACACUGAUCAACUCCAGACCCAUAACCUGUAAGGAAGCCCUUCUCUAGACUCCUUUUAGUCACUCCAAAAAUGCUGUUUGGUUUUCCAAGCUGUCUGGACUUCACUGGAAAAAUUCAUUUGUUCUGUUGUAGGUUUCCUCUCUGUGUGUGUUGAGCGUCCUCAGGAAAAUUCUCUCACAAAAUAUGCUCCUGAUGACCACCUCCACGCUUAUUGUCACUGGUUUCGCUCUAUGUCACGUAGUAAGAUAAAAAGACAUGAACCUGAGAAAGCACCUCAUACAGAGGAGAGAUAUUUGAUACAUGUUUUUAUUUACAGCCAUCCUCAUUCUGUAUGUAACACAUACUUAAGUUUGUUCUGCCGUUUCCUCUCUAGAGUAAUUAGAAAUUUGCUCAUGUUUCUUCAGAAACAGUGUUUUGAAAUUUAGUUCAAACAGACUCACAUGGACUCACCACAGCAUUCUACUAAUCCUGAAGAGAAGAACAAACAUCACCCCUACUAAAAUUAUUCCAUAAAAUGAAAAAGUGCUCUCUAUAUACUCUGAUACCAAAACCAAAAGAGUGGAAAUUAAAGAUAAGUACCUUUGAUGAACACAGAGCAAAAUUUUUCAAUAAAAUACUUGCAAUUGAAUUUAAAGGCAGUUAAAAAACCAAUUCAAUACUACCAUGCUGGCUUCAUUCCAGAGAUGCAGAGAUGGUUUAGCAUGUGCAAAUGUAAUGUAUUAGGUCAAUGGACUCAAUUUGGAAACCACAGAUUAUAUCAACAGAUGCAAGAAAAACCUUUGUUAUUUUUCAGAAUUCCAUGAUUAAAAUUCCUGAGAAACUAGUGGUGGAGGGGACAUAUUUCCAAAUAAUGAAGGCUGUAUAUGACAGACCCACAUCCAACAUCAUCUUAAAUGGAGAAAAACUUGAAACAUUUCCACUAAGAUCAGGGAAAAGACAAGGAUGUCCUCACUCCUAGUCAAUAUAGAUUUGAAGCUUAAAUAGAGUAUUUUUUUUUUUUUUUGGUUUUUCGAGACAGGGUUUCUCUGUGUAGCUUUGCGCCUUUCCUGGGACUCACUUGGUAGCCCAGGCUGGCCUCGAACUCACAGAGAUCCGCCUGGCUCUGCCUCCCGAGUGCUGGGAUUAAAGGCGUGCGCCACCACCGCCCGGCUAAAUAGAGUAUUUAAGACAGAGAAUAAGAGGAUCCAUAUGGAAAUAAACUGGAGGUGGGUGGGGAUAGGAAUAUGAGGGACCAGGUUGGGGGAUGGAUAGAGGGAGAGAGUAAUGAAAGAAAUGCCUUGAUGAGGGGGCAUUUCACGGUCAGGUAUAACAAUGGUGCAAGGGAAACUCCCAUGAAUCUAUAGGGAUGACCCCAGCUAAGACUCCCAGCAAUAGUGGAUAAGCAGCCUGAACUGGCCAUAUUGGUGACUAUCCUAACUGUCAUCAGAGUGUAGUUGAAGUUUUCCUGUGUUCCUCCUGGGCUGUGGUCAGGACAAAUCUAUCUCACCUGCCAGUCCUGCAGCGGCUUGGAACCAAGUAAACACAGAGAGGCUUAUAUUAAUUAAAACUAUAUGGCCUAAUGGCUCAGGCUUCUUGCUAGCUAGAUCUUACACUUAAAUUAACUCAUUUCUAUAAAUCUAUACCUUGCCAUGUAGCUCAUGGCUUACCAAUAUCUUUACAUCUUGCUUCUCAUGGUGGCAGCAGCUGGUAGCAUCUCCUGACUCAGCCUUCCACUUCCAAGAAUUCUCCUCUCUGCUUAUCCUGCCUAUACUAUAUUUCCUGCCUUGCUACCAGCCAAUCAGCAUUUUAUUUAUCAACCAAAUCAGACCAACACAUUCAUAGAAUACAGAAAGACAUCCCCAGCACGUCCCCUUUUCUUUUUUUUUUCAAGUAUAUAUUCAAUAUUGAUCAUACUCACCCUUUACUGCCCCAUCUAACACUAUCAAGCACAGCUCUGAGUGACAAAUCCUUCUUGACUUUGUAACUACCCUUUAUAAAUUCUUCUUGAAUUGGUUGCCCAGUCAUUGCUAUUCAAGUGUGUAGUCAUCCACAUGGGCAGGGGGAGACCUACCAGUGACUACAUUUCUAAAGAAAAAGAGACCUUAAUAAUAGUAUUAUUCUGAUAAAUGAACAUGCUGUUAAAUUGAGUCCCAAUGAUUUAUCAUUACAUCAUUAGUUCAUCUCUUAACCCUCAUCAGAGAAGCUUCUGUGUGUAGUAGAUGAUGAUUAAUACAGAGAUCCACAACUGUUCAAGGAUCAGAAAAUAAGACACUGGUGGAAUACUCAUCCCCAAAAAGGACAUCUAUAUAAAAUCUCUCCAUCCAAGGAUAAGGAUUUAGGGAAGAGGGUCCUGAAGAUUGUAAGACCUAGAGACGGUAGGUGAUUAGAAUGAAACAGUGUUUUCUGUGAACAGGAAGGUUGUUGUACAUGUGGAUCCACAGCUGUUGACACUGUUCAUGAGACAUAAGCAAGAUCAAGCAAGACAAAAGUAUUAACAUGGUCAGGAAAUUGUCACACAGUCCCACUCUUGGCUAAGGAACUCUUGGCAGUUGAUGGCUACUGGGAAAGGAAACAUCAAUUUCUUUAAGGGUGUGACAUAGUUGCCUGGAUCAUAGUCCAGUAAGACCACACUGAUAACAAUAGUAAUAGCAACUGCCAGUUGUUUCUGCAAACCUGAGAGUUUACAUGUCUCCAUAGAAACAACUUCCCAUUGUAUAAAAGCAGUUUCCCUCCAUGACUGAGCAUUACCAGGUAUAAUUUAUGGGUAAACAUGCGAAGUUAAAAAAUGAAUUUGAAAGGCCAAUCACCACCAUUUGACUAAACAACAUUGUUACUCUCCCCACUGAAGGCAAAAGUUUGGACAUACAUAAGUCUUUUCCCUGAUUUGCAGUAAAAUAUAGGGCUUCCAUUCUGUGUGUUGGCCUCAAAGCCAACCAAAUGCAUACAUAUUUAUUAUGACAGUAUUGCAUUAGUAGGUACAUCUGUUCUGGCUUGCUGGCUGUGUAGCACCCAUGGUCCACAGCCCAUGAGAAAUUUUUCAUUAACAUUUCCCCACCACUAACUGAAUAGUGUGUCAUGGCAAAACCACAGCUAGCCAGGAACAGGAGAAUGUCUACCUCCAUUUAUUGUUUGAUUUCUUAGUGUCCUGCAAACAAACCAUCUGAUUCUAGUAUACAUCCAAUAACAGUGCCCUCAUCCUGAAUGAUGUGGGCACAGAGGAUGGAUACUUGACAGUACCCUUUUCUAUACAGUAAUGUAAUUUCAUUCAUACACUUAAAUUUCAAUUUCUACUCUUCUUCCUUGGGCUUUUCUAAAUCAGUAAGAUACUCAAGAGUAAUCUUUCUACAGCAGGGCAAAUCUCUUAAGGAAUUUGCUCUCAACUUCAGGCAAAUAACAGAAGGUUUUGGCAUUUAGCAGUUUGAAGAGUGCUAGAAUAAAUCAUUAAAAGAUUCAGUAAAAUAUAAAGGAUCCCCAUUGGUUUUUAUCUGCUUGUCAGAAGAGCAAUGUUAGGUAUGGCAGCAUGACUGAGGAAUCUAUAUUCCUCAGCCCUUCAUAAUAUGAUAAUAUUUACUGUAAGCCAUUCAGCAGCCUUUUGUACAAGCUCUCCUGUAGCUUCAGUAUCAUUUUGCAUUUCCCAAUCAGGUCUUGUCAGUGCUAACUUGCAUUGCUAAGCACACAUCAGGCCUAAAAGGGAACACCAUUAUAUGGAAGCAUGCUGUACACUCUACCAGGGUCACCUAUUCAAUUCUGAUAGCAUGUGGUUUGGCAUCAUGACCUUAGUAUUUCAAUGCUUACAUGUGGUAGGAAUCCCAGACUUGGCCAAUGAACUUUAUCCCAAUUACACCUCCCUGCAGUGUAUAUAUGUACACAGAAUAUGGUGUAUAAACAACUGCCAAAACAGAGGAUAAGACUAAUUUAUCCCUCUGCCAUGUUUAAUUUUUCCACAUGCCCUUUUUAAGUACAUCAUAAUUUCUGUGAAACAUUGUUCAGAUUGUUUUACUAAUUUUUAUCAUUCUUUAAGAAUUUUGUCCAAUGUACUUUCAUCAUAUUCACUUCCUCCCCACACUCUUCCCAGGCCUUUCCCCUUCCAUCUGUAGCCAGAUUUGUGUCUUAUUUAAUAAAAUAAAUACCUAUCAAGCACAGCUGGUGUUUUCUAUUAGUUCUUCAAUGUGUAGCCUUCCAUUAAAAAGUGGUCGACUCUACAGGUUAAAUAACCCUUCACUCUUUCUGUAAGCUCUUUUGUUAUAUAAUUGAUAUACAUGGGACUGGGAUACAAUUUUGCUCGGAUCUAGUCAGCUGGAAUGAUCCUUAAUCGGUUUUUCACUUCUUAUCACCCUUACUUGCCUUUAAAAGUUAUGAAACUAAUUAAAAUGACAAUAUAUAUUACUAAAAUAUGCUAGACCAUCACAUAAAAUUCUUACUGCAUGAUGACAUUUAGCAAAGCCACUACAACCCCUCACUGUCCUGAUGUUUUUGUUUAAUUGACAACAAUUUAAACUCUCCUAUCACACCUGGAUGAGAUGAGCAUCAUGAACCACCUCUUACAUGCUUGAUUCUUUCCUACUGCCCCUCAUUGCUCUAUUAUCCUUAGAUUGGUGUUUUUCAUGGGUACAGUAAAUGACCAUGAUCAAGUGUCCCUGUUAGCUUAUAUGAUCCAGUCCAUCAGGACAUUAUUUUUUCACAAUCUGUUUUAGGUUGCAUAGUCUUUUUCUCAAGGAUGCAUGAGCACCUAUGUUUCUUAAUUCUUUGUUUCUAUGACACUGACACUACAACUCAUUACACGUGUCCCCAAGUCCUUCAGCCUCACAAACAGGACUGGGAGUGGUGCUUUCUUUUCUUGUUUAAAAUAUUUCCUAAUAAAAACAGUGAAUAGAGGAUCUCUUGAUUAUCAUACUUUCUGAUAAUAUACACUGUUUUAUGGUAGAUUCUAACAUUGUUCUAAAGCUCGUACCUGAGAGAUAUACCUCAUCACAUUUACUUUAUUUGUCUCCUUUUGUGGAUUCACAAUCUAUUAACAUAAGGAAAAGGAUGCUGAUAGAUAUCUACUUGGUCCUCUUUUCCAGAGCAGCUGCAAAUCAAGGCUACUGUGAAAGUCAUAACACAUGUCUCUUUCUCCUUACAGCCCUCCUGUGUGAGUGUGUUCUUUCUGGGCAUUAUAGAACUGGGAAAUAAUUUUAUCCAGUUCUAGAUAGGUGAACCCAUGAAAUUAGUGUGACUACUGACAGAAGCCAAGUUUUGUGGUUAUUGUUUGAUAUUGCUGCUGUCAUUUGCAGGGCAUUCCUCUAGAACAUUCUCUUCCUUGUAUAGAUACUUUUACUUCCUUCCAAAUAGCAAAAACAUUAAAGUUAUUUUUCCAUAAAAUGUCAACUGAAGCUUGCCUUUUAUUUAUUAUAAGUGCAAGCUUGUAGAUGUAACCAACCUUCUUAUUAAAUAAGAAACCCAGAACCAAUGCAAAGAAGAAAGCUAAGAGGUCAGAGCUAAGAGCUAAAAUCCUUAUCCUUCUUCCUGCGGUGGUCCUACCUCUCCGAACCAGAGCUACUUCCUGUGUUAAAGUCUUUAUAUAGAGUUCCUGUUCUGCCUUCUCAUUGGUUGUAAACCCAACCACAUGACCACCUCAUCACGGCCUGUCUGUACAGGCCUCCAGGUUUUCCAUGAUUGGUAUUGAGAUUAAAGGCAUGUGUAUCCAAAAUAGCUGUAUCCCUGAACACACAGAGACUUACCUAGCUCUGACUACCAAGUGGUGGGAUUACAAGUAUACGCCACCACUGCCCUGCUUUCCUAUGGCUUGCUAAUAGCUCUGAUCCCGGGCAACUUUAUUUAUUAACAUACAAAUAACAUUUAAUACAAAUAAAAUAUCACCAUACAAGCUCCAAGAAUUAAUUUGAUCAUUUAUAGUUAGCUUUGAGAAAUUCCGUUGUGAAUUGAUAACAUCCUAUGCUUUUUAUUGUAUCUCUUUGAAAUACUAAGAUAAAAGUCUUAUAAUUGAAAUUCUCUUUUAUAUUGCUAUGUGAAGAUGUUACACACUGAAAUGAGGAAUGGAAACUCCAUUUGAUUGUUCAUGGAAUCAAGAAAUAUAAUGUCACAUGCAUAGCUCAAUGACAGGCCUCAUACAGACCUCCAGAAUCUCAUGAUGCUUACCUCCCUGUUUACCUUCAGGGAACACAAAAGGGGACAGUUUAAAUGAGCUCUAUAAUUUUCCUUCAAGAAGUGGCAGCAAGAAUGUUUUUCUGUUUUGAAUACUGUGAACAGGGGAAACAUUGCUCAGAAAUGUUUGUGCUUCCACAGCUGUGUGUGCUUAUUACUACAGCAGGUGAAAAGUUAUGAGGGGAGGGAAUAUGACAUAAUCAAGACAGAUGUCUCAGGCACUGACUGCCUCCCUGCAGCCAGUCUGCUGGUAAUAAAGAUUGUGGCAUUGAUAUCAGCAUCUUACCAAAAACAGUAUCACAGGUAUUGUCUCCAAUUGCAGUAUUUUCAGCAGGGUCUAUAGAUCAAAAGCCAUCUCAAGAUUAAAUGUGAGUGACCACAAAGAAAGAAAAGUGAGUUUGUACCUGAUACUAGGACAAUAUUUCAUUAAUGGAGAAAAUCCAGAGAAAAAUUCUCCAACAGCAAAUAACUAAAUCCCUAAUUACUGAUGGCACUGAAUCUCCUCCAGAGAUUCAUAUUGCAGUGGUAUAAUCAGAGUCAUAAUGAUAACUGUUUUUCAAAGUGCUAAAGUAUGUUUUAAAACCUACCUGCUAGCUCCUCUGCCACAACAGGCAUCCUCCUCUGCAUGGUCAGCUUUUCAUCAUCUGGUCCCACAGUGUCACUAUGCCAUCCUGGGGUGGAGAGUAAAACAAUGAAUCAUCCUAAGCAGAAACUAUAUCUAGUGGUCGUGUGCUGGGUUCUCUUUAUCUUGGAAACAUGUAUUGUAUCAGCCAUCAAAGGACUUUAGUCUGAACUAAGGAUGAGGCAGAUUCCCUAAUAAAGUCAGCCAAGUCACCUACAAUUUGAAAUUAGCAUUUGAAUAAUAUACUCUCAAUGUCACCAGUCAUAUAUGUAUCAUUUCCUUAGUUGCUUAAAAGUUUUCUCCUUUUUUUGUCACAAAAAUACCUACCUAACAUGGUAAUUCAAUCACAGGAUGCUCAGAAUUCAGGUGCAGAUUGGAGUCUCUAUAUGCUGCAACACACAGCUGUGAAUCUAAACUUUGUAUAGAUAUUUACAUCUGUUUGAAAUAUAUAAUAAGAUUAUUUCAUUUUUUAUAAUAGCAAGAUACUUCAUGGCCAAAGAGGGCAGUAUGUACACAUACUUCCCAUGGUAGAGGUAUUUACCAGCAUUCCAUUAUUACUAAUAAAAUUAUCUGAUCAGGAAUCAAAUUAGCACUUCAAUGUGUCAUCCCAACUUUUAUAAAGCUAUGCACAGAUUGCAAAUUUAAUUUAGGGUUAUAUCUUCUUUAUGGUAAUUAAGCCAUAUCAUUUCACUUGUGUUAUCAUUACACUGUUGCUAUAUUUUCUCCCCCAGCAUCCUAUAAUGCACAAUGAAGGGCAUAAAACAGGUAGAAUAUUUCCUGGGCAGUUGAGGUUAAUUUGUGUAUUGCAUCUUAAAUACACUUAAAAAUAGGCUGUUAACUAAUUACUAAAUGCAGUUAAGAAUGAUGACAAUGGACUGGGGUCUUUGGCUACCUAUUGGUCCUCCUUGGCCAAUAACUCAAAAUGAGGUAGUUCAUGCUAGCAAUGAAAUUUUCAUUCAGUAACCCAUGUCUUCUGGGCCAGAAUUGUUCACCUACACAGGGAAACUUUGUUAAAAAUGCUCUUUGUUUCUAUUUGAUUAUUAAUAAAAAAAUGGUAAAGGAUAGUUUCCUUUGAAAUAUCAAUGGUAAACCACUUUCAGUUGUGAAAUCAAAGAAAAAUAAAUCAACUUGAAAGGUGACAUUGAAUGCAAAAAUACACAAGCAUAAAUUUGUAGCAUCCAGUUCAAUUUAAUGUGCUCUCUGAGAAUAUCAACAAGUAUUUUCAAUGACUUUUCAUCUAUAUUUAAUAAUGACACCAACUGAAAUGAGGAAGUAAAAAUGAGAUUUCUGUACAGAACACUUCAAUCAGGAAAUACCAUGUACACAUAUAACUCAAUGUUAGACCUCAGACAGACCACAUUAUCUUCUCAUCUCUAAAGAUGAGAUCCUGUGACCUCUGAAACAGAUCAGAUAACAACCUCUCUGAACUCUGCAGUAUUUCAUUAAGAGCUCAAUUCAGGAACUUAUAAUUCUUCUUUGCUAAUGGUCACCAAGGGAGAAAAGUUCAGAGCAAAGUUCUUGUCUGUUCAAGCCUGCAUGCCCAUUGCUACUGCAGGUGAAAUAAUAAUUGCAGGUCUGAGGGGAGGUGAGGUCAUAGAAUCACAGACCCAUAUUUAGGCACUGACUGGCUCCCUACACUCGACUUCCUGAUCUUUGUGGCCAUGGAGCUGUGAUCAGCAUGCUGGUAAGAGCAAAUGUACUGACAGUGUAACAGACUGCAACCUGAGGGCAGAGAUAAAGAGAAAUUGUGGGAAUCUUGGUAAGUGAACAUAGAAGACAAUAGAACAGGGGGCUGAACCAGGAUGAAAGACAAAGUCACAAAAGAUACAGAGAAUCCUCAGGGAUGGAAUCAGGAAGAAAGGAACACUGGGUUCCUAGAAGCACUGAGUUAUACAUUGAACCUAACAUGUUUCUCAUUGUCAGUGCCUGAUGUGCUGUUUCCCACUAGAAAAGAAGGCUGGCCCUAAAGGGGCCAUAAAAUGUCACUCUGAAGACAACUUUAUUCUUUAUGAGGAGAUUUCCCUAGGGCACCCGAUAAAUGGGAGUUUCUGUAGUCAAUGACAAUGCAUAGCUUUGAGGAAAUUUGUAAGUCUGUGUGUUUUAAUGUUGUCUGUGCACUUAUGCACAGUGAAAAUAUGGAGCAUAAGGGGCAUGGUAAUGAACGCUGAAUGGAGAAAGUAUUUACAGGCUCUCUCAAUGAUUCCAACACUGUGCACUUGGAUGUGUACAGACUUUUCUAUGAAAUAUUUUGAAAUAUGUCCUAUAAAUCAGAUUAGAAGUAAAUUCUCAUGGCAAUAAAUUGAAAAUAACAGCAACCUGCAAUCUCCUUUUAUAUGAAUAAUAAAGUUUCAGCCAUUCUAGGAAUACACCAAGUAUUACUUCAUGCUUUUAAUAAGGAGUGAGAUCCUUCCUUCAAACAAUAUAAUCCUACCUUCAAUUGGAUGAAAAUGAAGGACUCUUUAACACAAAGCAUUUUUUCUGCCCCAGAGUGAGAGUAUAAUUAAUGGAAACAGCAUUCAUAUCCAUUUGAAAAUGCCUAUGUUGACUAAACCUCAAGUAUCAUACUUCCAUAGAAAUGGCAAGGGAUACUGAAAUGAAAGCAGUUAUAUAUUUAUUUCUUUCUGUCCUCAAAUAUUAGGACUUAAUCUUGUUUUAACAAGUAUGAAAACAUUCUGAUCAAUUUUGGUACUAAAUUAUCCUGGCAUAGAAUAUUGUAAAAUGGGAAGUCUGACCAAAUAAAGGGGAUUUUUGAGAUCCCAUGGCCUCUCCUAAAUUUAUCAUUGUACAUAAAAUAUUUUACAUAUUAAUGUCUGUUAACAUUUUAAUAAUUCCAACUAUGUCAAUUUUUGAAAUUAUCACUUCUCAUAUUGACAUGUUACAUAUAUAGCCUAUAAUUUACUAACUUCAACUCUAUUAUAAGUAUUCAAAAAUUUACUUCAUUCUGGUUUCAAUAUAGAUAUCAUCUCUGAACUUUGGUUAAUAUUUUGGCCAUCUUAAUCAGUUAUGCAUGGAUUGAUAUUUAUUUCCCCAAAGUGAACACAGCACAGGUCAUUAUUGAUCAGUUGUCACAACGGGGUUAUUACUAUGUUUCUAACAUGAGCCACAGGAGGCUUCCGGUGCUCAAGCUGUCACUGAGGCAUCAUUGCCUCUUUCCGCAUUUCCUGAGUGUGAACCCAAAAAUAACUGAAUGCUUUGUGCCCCUAUUCAAUCCUUUCCAUGUGUGUAAUUUAUGCCAUGACAGUGGCUGCCCUAUAGGUUGAAUAUUUCUUGUGGACUCAUUCUGGAUAGAGAAUGUCUUGUUUCCUGUAUGUGUAGCCCCAGCCUCAUCUUCCCAUGCAGGAUCCUCAGACUGAGAGUAGGAACUGACGCCAUGGCAGCCUGUGAGCUAGCUGUAGGAGUGAUCUUCUUGUGUCUGACUGUGAUUGGAGUUCUGGGGAAUUUCUCUCUUCUCUACCAUUAUCUGUUUCUUUACCGAAUAGGGUACAAGUUAAGGUCCACUGACUGGAUUUUAAUGCACUUGAUGGUAGCCAACAUCUUCAAUCUAUUGUGUAAAGGAAUGCCCCAGACAAUGUCAGCUUUUGGUUCAAAGGACUUCCUCAAUGAUAUUGGAUGCAAAUUGGUUUUCUCCUUUCACAGAGUGGGCAGGGGUGUGGGUGUUGGCAGCACCUCCUUCCUCAGUGUCUUUCAGGCCAUUGGGAUUGGCCUCAGGGAUUCCAGGUUUUCAGACCUUAAAGUCAAAACGCACAAGUGCAUUUGUUACUCUGUGUACCUGAGCUGGCUACUUCAUUUCCUUAUAAGCAGUGUCAAUCUUGUGCACAUGAGGGCAAAACAUGGCAACGAAAGCACAACAAACCUCAAAUCUUUCCUAUACUGUUAUUGGGUCCGUCAUGACAAAACCAGAGACAUAUUAUAUGCAAUAUUGCUGUCAGCUCCUGACAUUCUUUUUCUGGGGCUCAUGCUAUGGGCCAGCAGCUAUAUAGUUCUCACACUGUAUAGGCACAAGCAGAUGAUGAAGCAACUGCCCAGGAAUACUGCAUCUUCAAGAUCUUCCCAUGAGUCCAGAGCCACCAAAACCAUCCUUCUCCUGGUUAGUACCUUCGUUUCUUUUUAUACACUUUCCUCCCUCUGUCAACUCUUUGGUACUCUAGUAUACAAGCCCAGCUGGUCUCUGGUAAAUGUCACUGCAAUGGCCUCCCUGUUUUUCCCGACUGUUUGUCCCUUUCUGCUCUUGAGCCGUGAUUCUCGGAUGUCCAGAUUCUGUUUGCCCUUAAAAAGCAAUAAACAUUUCCCCAAUGUCUCUGACCAACAGCUGAAGUGAAAGUUUGUUCACAGUUCUUAGUUGUUACUGAGUCAUUCUGAAAGAAUUGUGAGCAUAAUUACAGUCACACCAAGUCAGUGUGCAGAUUUUUGCAGAAAAGCUAGUAAAUUACUGUGCAUGGAGGUGUGCUUGCAAACACACAUGCUCACACACAUGUGUAAUUGAGUGUAUCAUUUUGUGUGCAAGCAUGGGAACCUGCAUUUUCUUUAUCAUUAUGAAUCAAGGUAUUUAUCUGGAUGAUCAUGUAAUAUAUAUAAAAUACAAAGGAUCAUGAAAAUGUGAACUUUAGGUAUCAACUUAAGGUAAUUGUUAAAAAGUUCAUAAUAUCAUAUCACUUUUGUGAUGUGCUUUCUGCCUGUUUGGGUGAUUGACACGGAAAUAAAUGAAAGAGCAUUUAAACUGAGGCCGAUUUUUAUUUCUGAUAUUUUCCUGACUCUUGAAUUCUAUGCUACACUCCAUUGUUUUAGAACAGAAGGUGAACUUAUGCCCAUGAUUUACUCUCCCUCUUGUACUUAUGUUAUAUUGUGUAUUUUUCCUUCUCCCACACACUGCUUAAAUGCAGAUUUGUGCCUUUAACACCUUUCAAUUUGCAGGUCACUUCCUCACAGCACAAGGAUAUUUGUACACUGUAUACAACUCUGCAUGCAUUUUCAAAAUGGAUACUAAUGUAAUCAGGUUCAAACCUGAUGGGAGAUGCCCAUCUCAAAACUAUUCAAAAUGGGAGCACAGAGUGAACUCACUGCACAGAUCCCCAUAACCAAUUCUCAAUUCACAGGAAUGAAAUAUUUCUCUGUGUAGUGUUUAUAUUUGAUUUUUAUGAUUUUCUGUAAUUGUCUCUGUAUUCCUAUACAUUGAUAACAGAAUUCAAAUGUGUGAAAAUUAAGGAGUAAACACGGGUCUUUUUUUGCUCAGUGAACAGAAGAAGUCUCAGGAGUUAAGAAUGUGCGCUGCUUUCAUAAAGCCUAGAGUUGUGAUCCAAGCAUCUACAUUCUUUAACUCACUGUUACCUGUAACCCCAGGUUUAGUGGAUCUGAAAUCCUCUUCUGAUUUCCACAAGCACUGUACACAUGUGUUGAAAUUAGACACAACUGCACAUAAUUUAAAAAUAACCAAAAGUAAAUCUUAAAAACCCUUUGAUGUAUUUGUUGAUCCACAUGCUUUGUGGUUGGUACAUGGUCUCAGUAUCUCCUGGGCACCAUGUGCUAGAAACUUGAUUCCCAGUGUUGUGAUGUUGAGGUGUAAGAAACAUCCCACGUUUUAGCUACCUCUCGCUGCCUGUCUUUCCAGGUGUGCUCUUUUGAAUCACUUCCCCAACUACAGUGAUUUUAUGUGCUCUGAGGUUUCACUAUAGCUGGUCAGAUUCAUCUGCAUACUUGCUACUUUUUUUCAGGAAUAACCCAAGCUUCUGAAUUUCAUUCAAGAGACAAAUAAUGGUUAAAUAAAUGUUUCUUUUUAAAUAUGAAGUAUCAUGCAUGGAUGGACACUGACAUGUAGGUCUUCCAAGAUAUUCUUGUGGUAGUUGUAUGAACAAUUUCUGUGUAUAAAUAUAUGUGCACGCUUGUUAGUUCACAGGUAUUUCAGUUUCAGAAUGGACAUAAAGAAUUUUUACAUAUUAUUCUGUAAUUCUCAGGACAGUAUAUGCUCUUGUUUAAAAACACUGUGUCAUUCAUAAGUUUUGCUUGGUUAAAAAUACAUCAUUAUACUAGCUCUGCCUUGUUUUUCUUUCUAUUUCUUCUGAAACACCAAGACAGAAGGAAAAUAUUGUUUCCCUGGAUGAGUCCCCAAUUGGUUUUACAACAAUUUCUCAUCCCUGAAAUCACAUACACACAAGCAACACGAAAUGGAUUGAGUAGGUUUUAUUUAUAUGUUUAUGUGUAUAGAUGUGUGUGUGUGUGUGUGUUUAUAAAGAAAAUGAUGUCAUGAAUGCAAAUGGAACUAAAUCAAUGGGACAUGGAAGG